UACCGAAAAGCGUGCUUCAGUGCUUUUGUAUUUUUAGAGAAAGAGAGAGAGAGAUACAGAAAGAGAACUCCAUCUUUCAUGGCGAUAUAGUCUGUUUAGUGAAGAAAUCCUUCUAUUUUGGGCCAUAUUUGAUCGUUGAAAUCGUCUAUACUACUAAAAAUAGUUCAAAUCAGGAGUUGUUAUAAGAACUUCCUCUGUUUUUUUUUUUGUAUAUAGAAGACGACGAAGAAGAAAAAAAGCAUAAGAAAGAGAAAAUGAUGCAGAUGGAUCGGAGACAGUGUUUAGAUGAGUAUGAAAAGCUUCUCGUUCGAAUGAACACUCCAAGGGUAUUAACCGACAAUGCUAGCUGUCUAAACGCAACUCGCGUCAUGAUCGAUAGUGCAAGGAAAGAUGAAAUCUUGCUUGAAGCAGUUCAAGUUCUCACAGAUCUUAACCUUUCUAUUAAAAAAGGUUACGUUUCUUCAGAUGGAAGGUGGAACAUGGAUGUCUUCCAUGUGACUGAUUUGGAUGGAAACAAAUUAACAGACGACAACAUCAUCAAUUGCAUCGAACAGUCUCUUGAAACGAUUCACAACACAAGAUCAAAACCCAUUGAUGGAAUGACUGUACUAGAGUUAACAGGAACAGACAGAGUUGGUCUUCUAUCAGAAGUUUUUGCAGUUUUAUCCGAUCUUAAAUGUGAUGUGGUGGAAUCAAAAGUGUGGACCCACAAUGGAAGAAUCGCAUCUCUUAUUUAUCUAAAAGACACUGAUUCAGGGUACCAAAUUGAGGAUUCAGACAAAAUAGACACAAUUAAGGGUCGAUUAAGGAACGUUCUUAAAGGUGAUAAUGAUAUUAGAAGUGCGAAAACUUCGGUUUCAAUGGCGAUUACACACACGGAGAGAAGACUUCAUCAAAUGAUGUUUGCAGAUCGUGAUUACGCGAGAAAAUCGGAUUUGAAAAUGGAGAAUUCGCCUUUGGUUUCGGUUCAAAGUUGUUUGGAUAAAGGUUAUUCGGUUUUGAAUAUUCAAUCAAAAGAUCGACCGAAGCUUUUGUUUGAUGUUGUUUGCACUUUGACGGAUAUGAAAUAUGUUGUGUUUCAUGCCACCAUCAACACUACUGAAAAAGGAGCUCAUUUGGAGUUUUUCAUAAAACACAUGGAUGGAACCCCAAUUAGUUCGGAAGCCGAAAAGGAACGCGUAAUUUUAUGCUUGUCAGCCGCCAUCGAAAGAAGAGCGUCCGAGGGUGUAAGGCUUGAGCUACGAAAGGCAGAUAAACCGGGAUUAUUAGCGGAAGUAAUGCGAAUAUUUAGAGAAAACGCGUUAAAUGUAAUUCGAGCGGAAAUAUCAACGACAAUGGGAACUGCUUUAAACAUGUUUUACGUAACAGACGCAAUCGGGAACCGAGUCGACUCAGAAGUAAUCGACUCGGUUCGACAACGUAUCGGGAUGGUUAAUUUAAGAGUAAAAGAACCAUCCCAUCAAAAAAUAGAAAUUCAAGAACAAAAUACUAGUCUCGGUGGGGCAGUUUUGGUGUCUCUUGGGAGUUUAUUAAGAAGGAAUCUUUAUAAUUUCGGGUUGAUUAAAUCAUAUUCUUGAAAUUUUUGAAAGAGUGUGGUUUGUUUGUUUUGAUUAUUAUCUGUACAUAGAAAGGUGUUAAAGUGUGUUGUAGUUAGCAUAUGAAAUGGGCUGUUGGUCUAUAUGACAUGUAAAUAGGAUGAUGUAUUGAUUUCCAUAUAGGUAGCUUAGUUUUUAAAUAGAUGGAUUGCGAGGGUGUUGUAACUUGUAAGGAUAGGUGUUUGUUAUGAAAAUUUAAGUAUGAUAAUAUUGUCUUUGGAUUAUACUUA